GACACAAAAUACAUAAGAGAGUAGUUUCAAGAGAGAGAAAGAGAGAAUUGCAUCAUUUCAUUUUCAUUGCUUGUGGCGUUUUCCAUCUUUUAACACACCUCAUUUUUCUCAUGCGUGCAAGCCAUUCUCAAAUCUCAAAACCCACCCACAUUUCUUGGUUCUUAACCGCUUUAAUUGCCUUUAAGAUUCUGCAUUCCCUCUCCCACCUCAACUUAUUUGUCUUCAUCAUCAUCAUCUAUCUAUCUAUCUCCCUUUCCUUCUCUCCCAAAGCUAAACACUAAAUCAAAAACCAUCCUUUAGCUCCAUCGCUUUUCGUUGUCCUUAUCCCGGCUUUCUUGUCUUCAAUCGCUUUCAAAGAUCAUUUGAAUUGAAGCAAAAUGGGGAGUCAUAUGAGCAAGAAGAUCCCUGAAACUUCUUCUAUUGGCCUCAGCACCGAAUUGCACUACAAAACUGAGUUGAGUUCCUAUGAGGCUGCUUGCAAGCUUGAUUCUGAUUUGCAGUCCUUUGACACCACGCUUCAAGCUAGAACAAAUCAGGUUAUCAACACUCUUGCUGUUGGUGUUGAAGUUCGAGCCCUUUCAUUUGAUUCUCUGAAGCAAAUCACAGAAUGCCUUUUGGAGAUGAACCAGGAAGUUGUCAAGGUAAUCUUGGACUGCAAGAAAGACAUAUGGAAGAGCCAGGAACUGUUUGAACUGGUUGAGGAAUACUUUGAGAAUAGUCUGAAAACUUUGGACUUCUGCACUGCAUUGGAGAAGUGCCUAAAACGCGCUCGCGACAGUCAGUUGCUUAUUCAUGUGGCUCUUCAACAGUUUGAGGAAGAAUCAUCAGGAUCAGGAGGAGACAACCGCUACCCGAGGACAUUGCAAGAAUUUAAGAACUUCAAGGCCGCUGGUGAUCCUUUCACUGAGGAAUUCUUCCAGAUAUUUCAGUCUGUUUACAAGCACCAGAUAUUCAUGCUUGAAAAGUUGCAGCUUAGGAAGAACAAGCUUGAUAAGAAGCUCAAAUACAUCCAUUCCUGGAGGAAGGUUUCGAGUAUGAUCUUUGUGGCGACUUUUGCUGCAGUCUUAAUCUGCUCAGUUGUAGCAGCUGCUAUCGCAGCCCCACCUGUUGCUGCUGCGAUAGCUGCUGCUACGUCGAUCCCAAUUGGAUCCAUGGGAAAAUGGAUUGACUCCCUCUGGAGGAACUAUGAAAAUGCAUUGAAGGGGCAAAAGGAAGUGAUUAGCUCAAUGCAGGCUGGAACAUAUGUUGCCAUAAAGGACUUAGACAACAUUAGGGUUCUCAUUGAUAGGCUUGAAAUUGAGAUUGAGUCUCUAUUGCAUAAUGUGGAUUUUGCCAUUGAGGAAGAAGCUGUGAAAGUUGCAAUAGAGGAGAUCAAGAAGAAGCUUGGAGUGUUUAUGAAGAAUGUUGAAGAUUUGGCAGUUCAAGCUGAUAUGUGUAGCCGUGACAUUAGGAGGGCAAGGACUGUGGUCCUGCAGAGAAUCAUAAAGCAUCCCCACAAUUGAAAGCAAUCUCAUGUCUAAUCUGCCAGUAACUGUUUGAAGGAGAAUACAUAUUUUCCUUGUGUAUCUAAUGGAAUUUCUUGAUUCAUAGGUACAUGUGUUGAAGAUAAUAACCGGGCAUAUUUGAUAUGUCUUGACACUGGCAGCAAAUUUUUUUAUUCUUUUCAUACAAUAGUGUAUUAAUGUAUAUGUUUCUUUUUUCUUCUUUUUAUGAUCUCAUUUGGUUUUUAGUU